GAACUAUUUGGAGGAGGCUCGUCUUUCGGCACAUCAUCCGUUUUCGAUCAAAUCCCGCAAAUGAAGGAGUCCCGUAAUUUCCACAGAAAGAAUGUACUCGAGAAAGAACUACAAGAAUUUUCUGAAUGGGAGACUGUGAAGUUCCCACCUGUAAAGGCUCCCUUCUUUACAGAAAUCGAAGAUCAUGGCCAGGCUUACGAACGAGCGCGAAAACGUGGGAAUUGGCGUUCGACAACUAGCCAUUUUGACCAGAUCACCCUCCCUGGCCCUGAAAAUUUCGAAGAUUCUAGUAGCGCACCUAGUUUGGAACAAUCUAUCGACUCAGCAACAUCCGCAGAAUCCGCCAGUGUAGCUGAGCGGGAGACGCCCAAAUUGGGAGAUGACUGGAAGGAAGCGAAGGAGGAUGUGCUAGGGACGCCAGUGCUGUCCGAAGAGGAAAAGCAAAGGAUGAUGGAGAGUGAGCCAGGACCUGAUCUUGGUGACGAUGAGGAGGCAACAAGCUUAGGCAGCAGCGAGUCGGAAGCGGUCAAGGGACGGACCACCGACGGCGACUUGCAGUCAGAGGCAGACGGCGAAAGCUCUGCCGCCACGAAAGACGCAGAGGAGGCGGCCUCCGCAGAAGGCGCAAGCGGCGGUGGCGGCAUGUCGCUGAUCAUUCGAGGAGCGCAGGUUGUCAACGACGAUUCCGUUUUCUUUGCUGACGUCAUUAUCCAGGACGGUGUCAUCAGGAAUGUCGGUCCAUCGCUGGAGGUCCCUGCAGAUGCAGAAGUUCUGGAAGCUGCGGGCAAAAUGCUCCUUCCUGCCGGUAUCGACGUCUACACCUAUCUGAGUGUCCACGACUCUGCCGAUGAUCUGGCAACCGGCUGUAAGGCUGCCAUUGCUGGAGGCACCGCUACCGUAAUCGACGUAGUUUCUCCCAGGACAGGAGAAUCCCUGACCUCCUCCUUCUUCAGAGUCAAGGAGGGUCUUUCCUCGUCACUCUGUAACAUCGGGCUAUCGGUUCUCAUACAACAGUGGUCAGAUGCAGUACGGAAGGAGAUGGAGAAGCUCGUUUCUGAAGGCGUCAAUAGCUUCAUCGUCAAUGUCGAGGGUGACGAUGCUCUUUUUCAGGUAAUACUUGGAUUGCGCCAAAUUAUAGUGCUGACUAUUACUUGA